AUGGAACAGAUAAAGAAACAACAAAUCGCAAACGCGUUACAGAAGUACGCUGAACGCUACGAAAGUCAGAACAAAGCUGCAGUUGCAAUCGGCGUUAGUUCCGCAACGGUGAGCCAGAUAAUCAACGGCAACUGGGAAUUGAUUAAGGACGAAAUGUGGCGCACGGUGGCGAGUGCCAUCAAUUUCAAGUCGGAGAAAUGGGAAGCUGUCCCUACAACCGACUUCCAGAUGAUGACUAAUAUACUUGCCGAUGCUCAAGAGAAUGCUUUAGUAAUGGCAAUUGUAGGAAAUGCCGGAAGCGGAAAGACAUUUGCCUGCAAGCAAUAUGCCGAAAGCAACAAACAAGUGUAUUUGCUAUGCUGCAACGAGUUCUGGAACCGCAAGACAUUCCUUCAGGAGCUUUGUUCUGCAAUUGCAGUUAACAGCAACGGAAUGACUACUGCAGACAUGGUUUACCAAAUAGUUAAACGAUUGAAAUCUCAGUCUGCACCACUUAUCAUAUUGGACGAAGCCGACAAACUAACAGACCAAUUGUUGUAUUUCUUCAUCACAUUGUAUAAUCAGUUGGAAGAUGAAUGCGGCAUAAUACUAACAGCAACAGAUUACCUAGAUAAACGAUUGCGUAAAGGUGUUAGGCUUAACAAGAAAGGCUACAACGAAAUAUGGAGUAGAAUCGGCAGAAAGUGCAUACAACUUCGUGGCGUGAGUGCAUCGGAUGUAGCAAAGAUAUGCGAGGCAAACGGCGUAACGGUCGCUAAGGAUAUAGAUGCAGUAAUCGACGACUGCGACAGCGACCUCCGUCGAGUACGACGGAAAAUUCAUGCAAUCAACAAGAAAAACAAAACAACUAAAGAAAAUAUGGCACCUCUCGUGUCGGGUUCGAUUUCCGAUCUGCCACCAAAAUUAUACAAUAUGAAAAGAGCAUUAAACAUCAACGACAUUGUGACCUAUUCUCCAGAUGUCGUUGAAUUCGAAAAUCAAUGGCUUGCAAGCUUUGGCAAGCCAGAACUUACAGGGUCAUGGAUAGUAUGGGGUAAUUCAGGGAAUGGGAAAACACGCUUUGCUUUGCAGUUGGCUAAAUACUUUGCCAAGUUCGUUAAGACAGCAUACGAUUCGUUGGAGGAAGGACUUUCGCUUUCGAUGCAGCAGGCUAUUAUUUCCGUAGGUAUGAGCGAUGUUUCACGUAAGUUCCUAUUCCUCGACAAAGAGCCGAUUGAAGACCUUUCAAACAGGCUUAAAAAAGCUCGUUCGCCAAAGGUUGUGGUGAUAGAUUCGCUUCAAUACACUGGCUUAAACUACGAAGCAUACAAGCAACUUGUUCAAAAGCACAGAAAUAAGUUGUUCAUAUUCGUAUCUCACGCCGACGGCAAGGAACCGAAAGGCAACACGGCAAAAUCAAUCCGUUACGAUGCCAGCGUGAAAGUAAGAAUCGAAGGUUACAGAGCAUUCCCUAUGAGCCGUUAUGGUGGCGGAGAACCGUUCACCGUAUGGGAAAAAGGAGCAAGCGAUUAUUGGUUGGAAUCAGAUAAACUAUAG